AUGGGAACAUUUUGGUUUUUGGGAGCGUCUGCUCAUUGUGUGGAUGCCGACAGUGACUGCGCAACCUACUCGCGUGAAUAUAUUUGUACCGGAGAUAACAUACCAUGGUCAACUAUACAUUGCCGGAAGUACUGCAAUCUAUGUUUGUUAGCGACAAAAGAAUCAACAACUGUAACAACAGAACUCACAACCAAAUCGUUUACGACGGAAACAACGGCAUCUACACCAGCAACAAUAACACAUCUUCCUAGGACCUCAGCAACUGUCAUUGCUACUACAGCAACAGUUAUAAGCAUGUGUCCUAAAGAAGUGGAACAGCGUGCACAGUCACAGUACGUUUUCCAGCUUGGGGAGAAAUGCUAUGAGUUUGUUCCUUUGAAUGACAGUUGGAUGUAUGCAAAAGAAGACUGCCAUAAUAAAAGUGGGCAUUUACUUUCAAUUAUAAGUGCUGAUGAACAGACUUUUAUUUCCAAUAUGCUGACAACAAUAAAUUUUACGCAACAACUAUGGCUUGGACUAGAUGACCGAAUAAAUGAAGAGCAGUGGGAAUGGAACUCAGGUACAAAUCGUUGAUUACCGAGAUAUAAAGCGAUCUAAACAAGUCUCUAGUUAAUUUAACAAUGAACGAAUUUGAUAAAAUAAUAAACUGAAGUAAAAGUAAUGUUACACAAAGGGGAUGAUAUCGUUACGUAAAAUAUCGUAUGAAAACAGGUUCUAAGAGUAAUCAAAUGUGGAAAAAAAACAGAUCUAUUACACGAUCCUUUAGAAGCAUAGAACUUAACUAAUUUAAGUAUUUCAUUUCCAUGACUUAGUAUCUCGUGGCCCCGCGAUAGCUAGCUUCGGCCACGAAAGAGUUUCUCGUUCCCACAAGUUAGUAUAGCCAAGAUGAGAUAGCAUCUCUAGGCAACCAGAUACUUCACAAAUAUUCAAGAGUAUUUCAUUCCCAGGAUUUAGUGUCUUUUGCCACUGUAGGACCACAUUCGUAACAGAUCGCAUUUGUAACAGAUUUCGUAUGUAUGCGAUCGCAUUCGUAACAGGUAAAAUGUGUUACGAAUGUGUUUGUCCAACAUGAGGGUUGACAUGAGAAACACAUAUGUAUCAUGUUGAGUUUUAUACUGCAAAUGUUCAAUCAGUCGGUUGUCAUCGCAACACCAUUAAAUGACUGCCAUAAGCACCAUCACAAGUUAGCGUCGUCGUCGUCGACGUCAUAAAACUAUUUGAGGCGCAUCAUGAGAAAAUGGGCCUUUGGGAA